CGAGCACGUCUUGGAGAUGCAUUUUCAUGAAAAGAUUUCUUGGUGUCUCUGUGGAGCUGUUGCGCAUUCUCCUUAUUGGAGGUGCAGGAUCUUCCUUUCAUUCUGACUAUAGCCCACCUACAGACACCCCUCCAGUUUUGGAAGUUGGGCUGAGACCCAAGAUGAACAUGCCAGCUAAUGAGACAUCAUUCCAGAGGUUCUCUGCCUGGGUUCUGGGACAACCUGGCAGAUCGUUUAAGGGAUCUGUGUCUUUCGAGGAUGUGGCUGUGGAUUUUACCCGACAGGAGUGGUACAGACUGGACCCUGGUCAGAGGAGCAUGCACAAGGAUGUGAUGCUGGAGAACUACAGCAACCUGGCAUCUGUGGGCCUCUGCGUGGCCAAACCAGAGAUGAUCUUCAAGUUGGAGCGAGGAGAAGAGCUGUGGAUAUUAGAGGAGGAAUCCUCAGGCCAUGGUUGCCCAGGAUCUCUCUCACUGCUGUGUGGCAACAAUUCUGUUGGGGGUAAUGCCCUCAGGCAUGAUAAUGACCUUCUUCAGCAUCAGAAGAUUCAAACUUUGGAUCAAACUCUUGAAUAUAAUGGAUAUGGGAAAGUUUUCUACAAGAAAACAGGCUUUGUUGGACAUAAAAGAACACACACAGGAGAUAAAAACUUUGAAUGCCAUGAAUGCAGGAAAACUUACUGUAGGAAAUCAAACCUUAUUGAACAUCUGAGAAUACACACAGGGGAGAGACCCUAUAAAUGCAAUGAUUGUGCAAAAACCUUUAGUGCAAGAUCAUACCUCAUUGCUCACCAUAAAACUCACACAGGGGAGAAGCCCUUUGAAUGUAAUGAAUGUGGGAAAUCUUUUGGUAGGAAGUCACAACUCAUUUUACAUCAGAGAACGCACACAGGAGAGAGACCCUAUGAAUGUACUGAAUGUAGGAAAACCUUUUCUGAGAAGGCAACCCUCACAAUUCAUCAGAGAACUCACACAGGGGAGAAACCCUAUGAAUGUAGUGAAUGUGGGAGAAAAUUUCGCGUUAAGAUAUCCCUUACCCAACACCAGAGAACUCACACCGGGGAGAAACCCUAUGAAUGUGGUGAUUGUGGGAAAAACUUCCGUGCAAAGAAAUCCCUAAAUCAACACCAGAGAACCCACACAGGUGAGAAACCCUAUAAAUGUGAGGAAUGUGGGAAAUUCUUUAGAAUGAAGACAACUCUCAAUAAUCAUCAAAGAACUCACACAGGUGAAAAACCUUAUCAAUGUAAUGAAUGUGGGAAAUCUUUCAGGGUGCACUCAUCUCUUGGGAUACAUCAGCGAAUUCACACAGGAGAAAAACCUUAUGAAUGUAACAAAUGUGGUAAUGCCUUCUAUGUUAAAGCACGCCUCAUUGAACAUCAGAGAAUGCAUUCAGGAGAGAAACCCUAUGAAUGUAGUGAAUGUGGAAAAAUCUUUAGUAUGAAGAAAUCCCUUUGUCAACACCAGAAAACUCACACAGGAGAGAAACCGUAUGAAUGUAGUGAAUGUGGAAAUGCCUUUUAUUUGAAAGUACGCCUCAUUGAACAUCAGCGAAUUCACACAGGAGAGAGACCCUUUGAGUGUCAAGAAUGUGGGAAAGCCUUCUGCCGUAAAGCACACCUCACAGAACAUCAGAGAACUCACGUAGGUCGGCACUUGCCUUAUGCUAUGGAGAAAACUUCUCUGUGAAGACUCCUCUCACCAUUUGAUCAAGCCCUUUGGACCAUCUGAUCACCAGGGUGCCCAGAGUGCACCUGUAACAGUUUGGCUCCUACUUUGUGUGAAAUGUCCUGAUCCCCUUAGGGGAGAGUUCAUUGUUGUUUUUAUAUCAUUUGGAUUUCCCUAAUUAGUGGUGAAGUUGAACAUCUUCCUUUCUGUUGAUUGCUUAUUUGGGUUUUUCUUCUGUGUGUUGACUGUUUAUAUCUUUUUGCUCAUUGUUUUCCUGUGGGCAGUUUAUCUUUUACCUAUUGGUUUAAAUGUUGUUUUUUUAAAUAUAUGAGUCUAUAAAAAUUCUUUUUUCAGUCAUGUGUGUUGCAGAGAUCUUCUUCCACACUGUGGCUAGUUCUUUAAUUUUGUUAACUCUUCUGCUCAGGUUUUAUGUUUUA